GCCUCACAGAUAGCAAUAUACUUUUCGUCGCUAGGAGGCGCUUUGUUGUUUAUUAUUCGAACCAUUCCACCCCUCUACAACACAUAUGGUACAGUCCACACACCUGAUCCAACAUGGCGGACUUUCAACAAACAUAAAAUUUGAACCUCAACGUCUGUUUGGAUGGAGACACCUUAUUGGUCAUUGAAGGCGUCAUCCAGCAAGAUGAAGUUAACACAGUAGAAGAAUAUCCGUGUAUCAAGAUAUUUAUGUACCGGUAUCGGUCAAUACGGUACUUCUUUAGCCACGCUAGUGCCACACUGAUGUUCAGGAUGAAGGAAAUAUCCAAGAUGCACUUCAGUGUUCGCUACAUCAGCUUCCUGCCCAGUCUGGUUCUCCUGGUGGCCAUUUCCCUGGGCCUGUACACGCGAUGGGAGGCCACGGAGGAAGUGUUCGUCCUGAUGGUCGCCAUGGCCGGGCUGUUUGUGUUCGCCAUCGCCGCGGCCUUACACUACUACUUCAGCAUGGAGUACUUCAGCGAGAGCCUGGCGCACCUGUGGUUCGGCUGCCUGCUGGGCAUGAUGGCGUUCACGGAAAACGAGACCUUCCGUUACGACGAGAAGGAAGAAGUGAUGAACAUCUUACUGAUGACGAGCGUCGGACUGUCUCUGUUCUGGGCAAUGGUGGAGAGAACUUGUAACUACAUCAAAUACACCUCCAAACUUCUCACCAACAGUGAGCUGAUGGAAACAGCCGGGUUUGCCACAGCCACGAUAUUACUGGGACAGAAGUGGGCAGACGUGUGUUUCCUUUCCGUUGCCUUUGCUCUGGGGCUUAUCGCCAUGCGGAAAAAGGCUCUCCUCGCUGUCCCACACUUCAGUGUUUUCCUGGCACUGUCUGUAGCCAUAUUCUUCCCAGCACUCAAAAAGACCAUCAAUCCGUACGCGGCGUCGUGUUUCGCUGGUCGUCUCUGCAUAGCACCGCUAUUGGACAUCUACUUUUCCAACCUCACCACUGUAGAAAGAUGGCAGUGGUACAUAUUCCAAAGUAAACACGUUAAAAGAUUGGUGAUCUUAAUCACCGUGGUAGUAGACGUCACUUUUAUGGUGUUCUCCGGGAUGAUUGUCCAGCGCUUCCAGGAGCUGUUUUUCGUCAUUCCUGGCUUCAUCAUUUUCGGAAUCCUCUGGGUCUGCUUCCACAUCGUCUUCAUCGUGACCUGCUGGGUUUUCUCACGUAAACUGAAUGAAUGCGUACUGGUGUACAAAGCGUACGGUGAAGAUACCAAGAACAUGACGCGUAUCAUGGCCUCUAAGGGAGUACGCCACUUCAGCCAGAUAUCGGAAAGACUGGCACUCUGUACAAUAUUCAGCACGUGGAUGCUCGCUGCCGUCUCGUGGCAGGCGACAAACACCAUGUUCUUUGCCUUCUUGUUCAUCGUUCUGCCCGUGGAGGUCACCAUUCAUGGACUCCUACAUGACCUCGGGAAGAGUGUUGGGGGCACGUGUAUCGGAUAUGCAAUGGUGGCUCCAUCCAACUCCUACAGUCCUGAGGGGGAGGUUAUCCUUCUACCCUCCAACGCCCUGCAAGAAUACAUGAGCCAGUCCACAGACAUCCUGAACAGCAUGCAGCGCUUCUUCACGCAGCAUCUCGUGGAGACAUUCGGCUGCGACUACUCCACCAGCGGACUGACCCUGGAGUCCGUGGAGUCAAAACUCAAGGCUCUGUUUGAGCGGCACACCCCCGACGGGCCCCGCUUUGACUCAUACGUGGUGUACUACAGUGGACACAUGCACCCGGGCGGUGACCUGGCACUGUCAGGUCUUAAGACAGCAGGUGACACCAUGCCAGGGACAGCGUCAUUAAAGCUGGACACCCUGCUGGAGUGGUGGAGGGAGACUAACACUAACAGCAGUGCUGGCUCUCGUCUCAUCAUCAUCCUGGACACCAACAACAGUCAACACUGGGUCCGACAGGUCAGGAGGUUGGAUGGUGUUUAUGUAGCCAUCCAGUCCUACCAGCAGAGUCGGACUGAUGACCCAGAGAAUGCCACCCAGGCUGGGGAGUUCACCAAGGAGUGGGUGGCGUACAACUGUAGUGACGACAUCGGGAUCAACUGGGGCGCGGAGGGCAGGACACUGAGAGCCGUGUACGCUGUGUCGCGGUGCUGGACAGAUUUUCACUUCCAUUCGCCGUCUGAGGAUGACGUGGCGCAGCACUGGGAGAGCCACUUCCCGCGGGUGACACGGCCGCUGGUCAGGGUCGCCACAUGGUGCCAGGGUGGGGAGGUGGAGCUGCUCUGCUGCUGUGACUGGCUCUUCAAGUGUUUGAAGAGGAAGAAAAUGCAGUGGCUGCCUCCAGUAAUACUCAACACAGGUCACGGCUUUAAGCUGGUCAGGACAAAAACUUGAUCUCAGGAGGGAUGACCUGAAACUCUGACUGUGUCUGACUGCUUGUAGUUCUUACUUUAGAUAUUGCAAAAGUUGUCCAAAGGUGACAGUGACAGGA